CCAGUCACUGGUAAAUAAGGAUGCAAGGGACAGUUAGAAGUAUAUCCUAUUCUUUCCUUCGGGCUGCCCGGCUGUCAGGAUCUGUCAGGAUGUCCACUCAUACGAUUUCACCUCCAUCUGCAGCCCUUAUGCAGCCUCUAAAUAUCCCUCAACGCCUCCUGCUGGGCCCUGGCCCUUCAAAUGUUCCUCCACGGGUACAGGCAGCUGGAGGUCAACAGGUGAUUGGUCAUAUGCACCCAGAAACCUUCCAGAUAAUGGAUGACAUUAAACUUGGGAUACAGUAUGCCUUCCAGACCAAGAACACCUUGACCCUGGCCGUGAGUGGCUCAGGACACUGUGCUAUGGAGACUGCUAUAUUUAAUGUGGUAGAGAAAGGUGACAUUGUUCUUGUGGCUUCAAAUGGCAUCUGGGGGGAAAGAGCUGCAGACAUUGCUCAAAGGAUAGGUGCCGUUGUACAUCUCCUGACAAAACCGCCCGGUGAAGGGUUCAACCUAAAAGAAAUAGAAGAGGGUCUAGCUAAGCACAAGCCUUCUCUCUUCUUCAUCACUCAUGGAGAGUCAUCCAGUGGAGUGGUGCAGCCAUUAGAUGGCAUUGGAGACCUGUGUCACUGGUAUAACUGCCUCCUUCUGGUAGACUCUGUGGCAUCUCUAGGAGGUGCUCCUAUCUACAUGGACAAGCAGGGAAUUGAUAUCUUAUACUCUGGUUCUCAGAAAGUAUUAAAUGCUCCUCCAGGAACUGGACCCAUCUCAUUCAGCGAAGCUGCAAGUAAGAAGAUAUUCAGCCGUAAGACAAAACCACCCUCUCUCUACGUGGACCUGACAUGGCUUUCAAACUACUGGGGCUGUGAUGGAAAACCAAGAAUAUACCAUCAUACAGGACCAGUGACCGGCUUCUACUGCCUGAGAGAAGGACUGGCAAUCCUGGCUGAGAAGGGUCUAGAGCGCUCUUGGGAAAUUCACCGUGAGAAUGCUCUGAGACUUUACAAAGGAUUAGAAGAUCUCGGACUAAAACUCUUUGUGAAGGACCCCACUCUACGACUCCCCACCGUGACAACAGUCAUCGUGCCCGAGGGAUACGACUGGAAAGACAUCAUCUCGUAUGUCAUGAAGAAUCACAGCAUUGAGAUCACUGGUGGGCUGGGGCCCUCUAGCGGAAAGGUUCUUCGGAUCGGUCUUAUGGGCUACAACUCAACUAAAACCAAUGUAGAUCGUGUGCUGAACGCUCUGCGCGGUGCUCUGCAGCACUGCCCCAAGAACAAAAUGUAAAAGCUCCGUACUGUACAGCUGGCAACGAAAGUCACCGCGUCAAUGAAGCCUGAAGAUCUUUCACCUUCCUCACCCUGACCUUCUCUGUAACGUGACCUAAUUCUACUUCAAUAAAGAUAUUCACAUUGUA